AUUGUUCGCCAUUGUCCAAGUAAGAAUUAUAUUGCGGGGGCGGGGCCGGACCGCCAUGCUAACCGGUCGAAUGCUGGAGAGGCUCCGGAGAAACAGGGCCCCUUAGGCUGCAAACGGCAGAUUCAAAUGAUGAAAAACAAGCUGAUGAGACACCCACGGCUGCGGGAGAG